AUGUCCGUGUCAGAAGGAGGAGCACACCCAUCCGGAGACGAUGAUGUCGAAGAUUUUAAAGAACAAGAUCGAUUCCUUCCGAUAGCAAAUGUCGCGCGUAUAAUGAAACGCGCUUUACCAGAAAACGCAAAGAUAGCGAAAGAAGCCAAAGAAUGCGUACAAGAUGAUCGUUGUCAACAAGAAAAAAGAAAAACCAUUAACGGUGAAGAUAUUUUAUGGGCGAUGCAGUCUUUAGGAUUUGAAAAUUAUGCGGAGGCACUAAAGAUCUACUUGGCAAAGUAUCGAGAGCCACCUCAGCAUGCGUCUUAUUAUCCAGUCAUUAAUAACGUUACACCCCGGGUUUCACCUUUUGUGCGUACCUUUUCGGCAACCGCCCAAUGCCAUCGAUUAAAAAUUCCUCUUAAAACAAUCGAUCCAAAAGUAAAAGUUCCCGAUGAUCCGUAUGAAUUAUCUAAAUUGAUAAAUAAAUUUAGCGAACAGGAUAGGUUCGAGGACGUAUUAUCGAUCGUAUGGAAUACGAAAAAGAGCGCACAAUCAGUGGUCGUAUGGAAUCAUUUAAUUCAUCAUAGCGUCAAGAAAGGAAAGCUUAAAUUAGCAAUUCGACUACUAAAUGAGAUGAAAAAACGUUCGUUCGUACCAAAUGAACAUACGUAUACGAUCUUAUUAAAUGAAAUUUUUAAUGAAUUCAUAAGUAAGGGGAAAUGGUUACCAAAUCAAGAAUCAUUUACGAUAAUGAUUAACGCUUGUGCGAGGCAAGGUUCUGAUGGGUAUGAUAUCGCAUUAAAAUUAUGGAAUCAAUUUGAUGUUAAUUCUAUAGAGUAUCAAAAGAUGGUGGAUCGUGAUUUGGAAUGGAAUUUGGUUAAGAGGCCUAGUGAUGUUACGAUUGAUGAUCACCUUGUACGUUCCAUGUUAUUGGUUUGUAGGAAAUCUCAUCAUUAUGAGAAAGCAUUUGAAAUCAUCGGUAAUUAUUAUGAUUUGAGAUCCGAUGAUGAUCGGUUAUGUAUUGAUGGUAAACAAUAUGAGAGAGGGAUCAAGUUAUUUUAUCAGGCCUUGAAUCGAUUUCCGGAUUUACCUUUAGAUAUCUAUAAUUUUAAUAAAUUGAUAUUUAUGUGUAAUCAAUCGAAACAAUUUGAAAAGGCCAUCUCGACAAUAAAAUCAAUUCAGAAAAGAGAUUUAAAUUUAACCCCGGAAACUUAUGAUUUACUCAUGAUUUCUUGCAGGAUGAAUGAGAAUUGGUCCAUGGCAAAAUUGUUAUAUAAUGAUAUCAUGAAAUUUAAAAAGAAACUCGCAUUUGAUUUACGAAUUUUAACAAAGGUAUUGGAAUUGGCCGAAAUUAAAUGGAUCGAUGAUAAUUCAUUAAUUGAAACUAGAUGGCUAUUGAUUUCAUUACAUAAAAUUGGUUUACAAGAUAUCAUUACUUCAAUUGAAAAAGAAAAGAAUUUUGAAUUAUAUAACAACAAUUUACUUGGUCAGAUUAUGAACGCAUAUAAAUUAUCUUUAGAUGAUAAAGAUUUGACCGAUCAACAAAAGGUCCUUUGGAAAAGGAAUUUAAAAAUUCUUAAAGAUUACUUCGAGAGGAAACAAAUUUCCAACAGGAUGAGAUCUACAAUCACAUACAUAAAUACUCCUAGAGGGGUGAAGAGGUUCGAGACACUAAUAGGAGAUUCAUAA